AUGGCGGAGGACACAGCAUCGUCGUUGCCGGAUCUCGACCUUGAGAAUGGGACGCCCGGCUACGAGACGAUUGAAGAGCGCUGCUUCUCAGCAGCCCUCAUCUGCUUGGAGGGCCACUACACCAUACCGCCCAUGGGCCCUCAGACGGCAGCGAGGGUAUCAUCCAUGAUCGCCAAAACGCUCGAAAAGACACACACAUUCAAACAUGUCAGAGAAACAUUGUCACGAAACGUGGAAAUCUGGAUAUGGUUGACGAAGAUUUUCGGCGCCGCCAUUCCCAGUCUCACCACGCGCUCAGUAGGCCCACUGUCAAGCCUGAACGACCCUGAGAAGGGUGUCACACCUCAGGAAAGCACGGCUCUCAUCGUGAAAAACCAUCACAGUCUCAAGGAUGAUCUCUCUAUUCUUAACAAACUUAUGCACAUUGCCAGGAACCUACUGGUGACUUCAGAGCCGGAGGUCCCUCAGGAUAUUUGCGCCGCCGUUCACUUCGAUCAGAUGGUUUAUCAAACUAUCAUUUUGUGUGUGAACGUAACGAGCAAAGGAUAUGACGGCGAGAUUCUGGAUGAAACAUCCCGAGCGAAGUUGAAUGAGAUAACAGACAUGUACAAGAAGCUCUUGGUCACUUCCCUACAGCAAGCCCACAACUGGACUGCCAAGAACGACCGAAACAAGAUGUCGUUCUGGUACGACGUUCUCUUCGACGAGGACGCGCAGCUUGAUGAUCCUCAAGAAGGCAUGGGUGACGGUUCUGGAUUCCGCGUAGAUGUCGCUAAGACGGAAAUCCAACACUGGCUAGAGCGCAACUCGAGGAUGUGCGACACGGCUCGAAAGCUUCUCACAGAUUACUCUCAGAACAAGUCCCAUAAACCACCCGGCGUCCUCGCACCUAUCGCCCCUCUAGCAUGGAAUUGGUUCCCCGAGGGACAGGUCAAGGUUCGCGCAGACAACUACAAGGAAGGGGAGCGUGUUGUGCCAACGUGGGACCCCGAAAUUCAGGACAAGUUCGAGCAAGACCGGGCUUACUGCCGUGUCUCAAGAGAAAUCGAUACCUGGUGGCUGCGGGCUAGAGACGCUAAUUAUGACGGCUGGGCGGUGGCCAUGCCGUCCGUCGAAUUCGCCAAGCAGAGGACGGAGCACUGCAAGAACAACCUCCUCAACCGCUACACUCCGGUUCCUGUCAUGCACACAACAGAAGAGGCAGAGGUCGUUGAGAUUGAAGAGUCAGAACAGGACCUUCCCGAGGGCUCACCCGAGGAAUACGUCGAGGAUUACCAUCAAAUCGAAAACCUGGACGACAUGAUGGAUGACGAGGAUAUUGACGAUGACGAGUCGUAUGGUGAAGGACCGCUGACAGGCCUCCUCACUGAGAUUCCUAACAUUCUCGACCCCAAGCAAAUCGAGGCUCUUCACAUGAUUGUCAAGUCUUGCAUUCUUGACUCCGCCGGCACGGGCCUGACCCGCGCGGGCGAGAACCUGCAGAAGACGCGUUGCCGUAUGUUUCUUGCCCUCGACUGUGGCAAGUCCUUACUCCGUGAGAUGCUUGUCUUCAUUGCAGUCUGGGAGAAGGAUGAGCAGUCCCUCAUCUUCCAGAUCACUUCCCAGCUCAUCGAGGCUUUGCAUCACUCCGCCCUAGUUCCAUAUGCUUGGAACUCCCUACGCAUCCCAAAGGAUAUCAUCUCCCCGGCCCAGACCGUUCUCCUUCGCCUCGUCAACCAUAUUUUCCGCAGUCGCAUCAGCAACCCACCGCAGGACAAGAAGGACCAGGAUCGCGAUGUGAAGCUCGUCAUGUUUUUCUUCAGCUUCUUCCGCAGCCGCAUUGUCCCCGAAUGUGUUGCUCUCAUGCACCUCCAGGCACAGAUCCGCGAGGACAAUGUCGACCCAGCCGAGUUUCCUGUCGAUACCUGGGACAUGGAACGCGCUAAAGAUGGUCUCGCACAGUACCUUGACUUCCUUACCACCGCUUCUGAGAUCGCCGAGUCGCGCAAGAAACUCAUCGAGUGGGAGGCUGUGUACGACCUCAUCACUCUCCUCAACGGCCUCGAGGCCGGCGUUCCUAAGAAGCCUCUCGUCGAUGCUGUCCCGAGUCGCAACCGCCCCGCUGCCGCCGACCAACAACAAAGCUCCAGCGCCAACACCACACCGAUCGUUGAGCGUCCUUACUCAACGAACGACAGCCUCCCGCCCUCUCCACCCCCGCCGUCCCUCUCUGACCCGGCACAUAAGUACCCUUGGUCCGGCAUCAAGGGUCAGAUCUUUACGAUCCUUGCCACCCUCCUCCAACCCCCGCCGGGACAGUCAUCUCCAGGCAACCCAGAGGUACAAAACCAGAUGGUUAACCACAACGGUAUCGUGCCCCUGCUCAACUGCUGCGCUUACGACGACCACAACCCCUUCGCCAAGGAACGCGUUACGAUCUGUCUCAAGUGGCUUCUGGACGGCUGCGAGGCCGCAAACAAUUUCUUCCGCGAGCUCGUCAACCUCGCGCCCCCGCCGAACCUGCGACCUCCUCCGGGAGGCACGACCACCUCCACCAUCCGUGUCGACGGCAUCCAAGGCGAGGUCAAGGUCCAGGUCCGCUCCAAUUCGGCACCGGCAGGCGACGGCACAUCUCAAGAAGACGGUGAUGGGAAGAAACACGUGCACGACCCGUACGGUCUGGCGGAAAGCGCGGCCAAGAUGAACCUCUCAAACAAACGGCAGGGUACCAACGAGCCUUUCACGGAGGACGACUUCAUGUAG